UGCAGGGAGGAGCUGCUGGCGCCGCCGCUACGGCCGAGCGCGACCCUCCGCACCAUGCCCCGCAUCGAUGCGGACCUCAAGCUGGACUUCAAGGAUGUCCUGCUCCGACCCAAGCGCAGCAGCCUCAAGAGCCGGUCCGAGGUGGAUCUGGAGCGAACCUUCACGUUUCGGAACUCGAAGCAGACCUACUCAGGGAUCCCCAUCAUCGUGGCCAACAUGGACACCGUGGGGACCUUCGAGAUGGCAGUGGUGAUGUCACAGCAUGCCAUGUUUACAGCCAUUCAUAAGCAUUAUACCCUGGAUGACUGGAAGCUCUUUGCCGGGAAUCACCCAGAAUGCCUGCCGCACAUAGCCGUGAGCUCGGGCAGUGGGAAGAACGAUCUGGAGAAGAUGAGCAGCAUCCUGGAAGCUGUGCCACAGGUCAAGUUUAUUUGCCUGGAUGUGGCCAAUGGGUAUUCAGAGCAUUUUGUGGAAUUCGUGAAACUCGUCCGUGCCAAAUUUCCAGAACACACUAUUAUGGCAGGGAACGUGGUGACAGGCGAGAUGGUGGAAGAGCUGAUUCUUUCUGGAGCAGAUAUAAUCAAAGUGGGAGUUGGGCCUGGUUCCGUGUGCACCACCCGCACCAAGACCGGGGUGGGCUACCCCCAGCUGAGCGCCGUGAUCGAGUGCGCGGACUCUGCCCAUGGCCUCAAGGGGCACAUCAUCUCUGACGGAGGCUGCACGUGUCCAGGAGAUGUCGCCAAAGCCUUUGGAGCUGGAGCUGAUUUUGUCAUGCUGGGCGGCAUGUUCUCGGGCCACACCGAGUGUGCUGGAGAGGUGAUCGAGAAGAACGGGCAGAAGCUCAAGCUCUUCUAUGGGAUGAGCUCCGACACGGCGAUGAAGAAACAUGCAGGAGGAGUCGCUGAGUACAGAGCCUCUGAGGGCAAGACAGUGGAAGUGCCUUACAAAGGGGAUGUGGAAAACACGAUUCUGGAUAUUCUUGGGGGACUCAGGUCUACCUGCACCUAUGUGGGGGCCGCCAAACUCAAGGAGCUGAGUAGGAGGGCGACAUUCAUCCGGGUGACCCAGCAGCACAACACCGUGUUCAGCUAACCUCCAGGAUGAGCUCCCCUGCCAGGCACACGCGCUUUCCUCUCCCCCCUCCUGUUACAUCAGAGCUUCCGGCUGCUCCCCAAUGGCGGAAUGUCUCCCCUUCCUGCCACCUGGAGGCGUCAGGGCUCCCCUAGUGCCUUCUGGGGGCUCAGAAGCAGGGCACUGCUUGGGUCCGUGGUCAAAGCCCAACUGCCCGUGCAACUCAUAACCUCAUCGUUAAAACUCACACACACUUUCUGGGUUUUUUUUUUUUUUUAAAGAAAAGGUUUCACUUUAAUAUAAUGCUGUUAUCUUAAGACUUGCUAGAGUGCUGGCAUUUGCAUUUGCAAGCAAGCUGUAGGCACCAUGGGCAUUUCCUGCAUCCUUCCCUGAUAGGCUCUGAGUUUCUGGGGAAGUUGAGGAGGGGUGGUUGGAGGGGGGCAGGUCAGGGCCAAGGAGAUUACUGGCAUCCAGCUGCUCCCUCCAGCUUUGGUUGCUGGAAAACAACAAAAGCUCUUGACUGGAAAAUGUUACAAGUUUCCCAUUUGAGCCCUUAGAUAAGUUUGGCAGUUUUAAAGAGAUUAUUGCAAAACCAGGGAGAGGUGGAGCAAAGGGAUCUUAAAGAAAUCUAUUGAAACCAUAGAAGCAGGAGUCAGGGCACUCUACAGCCUAUGCCCUCCAUGCUCCUCAUUUAGCUUGAGGUCACCAUGGUCCCCUUCGGCACAUCAGGCACCUGCUACACCCUGUGGCCAGGAGGGCAAGGCCAGUCAGCCCACGUGGCACCCCUGUGGGCAGCCCUCUUUUUCCAUCUAGCUGCUUGUUUUGAAAAGCCAAGCUGGGUGCCUGGCUCAUUCAAGUCUUUAGGGAAGUGAAAACAGAAUUAUUGUAAAAGCCAAGAACUUACCGGGAUCAUUUUGAAGCAGAGGCUGAAUAUGCAGCAUUUCUAAGACACCAUCUCCGGCCUCAGCUAGUCCAUCUCUGCCUCCGAUUGCAGUGGGCCUGGGGGUGCCGUGGCGGAGUCUGUCUGUCCAUCUAUCAUGCAGACAUGAGAUUAAACAUGUAGCUCGGCUGCCCUCCGGUAGGCCUUUCUGUACCCUGUGCAGCGUGGGGAGGGAGAGUCUGUGAAUUGUCAUUCACCUGGGGCCUCAACCUGGGGACCCCCAGGUUGUUUUCAAGUUUUCUCCCCCUUGCAGCUUGUAAAGCAAAGGUUUCUCUCCUAAUCAGUUUGACCUACGAGGUCAGUCUCACGGCUAUUGGACCCUGAACUUGUCAGAACCAGAACUCUUAGCAUCUAUAUUAAAGCAGCAGGAUAGCAAACAUUCACAGUCACUCAGUCAUCGCCUCGGGCCCGCUCCCCCCAGACUUGCCCACAGCUCCCUGUGCGCCUGUCCUGACUGUUCUGGAAGAGGUGGGUCUGGAUGGUCCUUCUGGGCAGGGCUGCAAGGCACUUAACCAGUGCCCAUGUUAGGACCUCAGCUCUAAAUUUGUAAGAGAAUCCUGGUGAGGUGUCCCCAGACAGCUAGCCAACAAGACAAAAAGGUGUCCGUCCCUAAGCUAAGCAAAAACUUGGCUUUACAAACCCAUGGGUCCCUUCCACCCCUGCAGGACCUUAAGGGUGGCAGGAUCUGAUGGCCACACAUGCAGAGGGAGUGGGGGUUCCCCUGAAAGUUCUAGAUCCUUGAAGAAUUACUCUCUUGGGCAGCUGCUCAGUUGCAGAGUUGACUUCUGAGACUGGACACGGGGUAAACCUGUGGUGCAGACUGGUCAUGUCCUGGGGUGGGGGGUAGGGGGGCUCUGCUGGUGAGUUUAUAACAGAUGUGAACUCCAGGAGACAGGAAGGAACUUUGCACCUGCAGGUCCCCAGCCAGUUUACAGCAAACCUACAGAAUGCGUGGAUGAUGCUCUAUGAGCCUGUGAAGCUGCCAAAUGCUGUUUAGACAAACCUCUUAUGAGCAGCUUGUUCUGAUGGGAGAAAUAAACACGGACAAGCCAAGACGUCAGAUGCUGAAACGUGCCUUUUCUCUCAACCUCGUGUCGAGCACAACCACCUCACCCCACCCCCCACCCCCCAAGAAAAAAUUAAGCAGGCGAGGCAGUGCCAACGUCACUUCCCGCCACCACCGACCUACCUGGGGUGCCAGGAGGGUAAGGAAGGCGUCACCACCGCAUUCUCAGCCUUGUCUCCGAGGCCCCCACAAAAGCAAGGACACAUUUGCAAUUGGCACUGUUAUUUUAUUAGUACGAGUAUACUGAAACAAUAAACUUGUACUGGUAUACAGACAAUUUAUUUAAAACAAUUUUGUUCAAAUUUUGAAUCAAACAUUGUUUUAUUAUAAUAAUGAAAUAAUUUCUACCUAGAAAACCUGCAAGCACCAUCAAAGGAAGGGACCAUAAAAUUCAAUAAACAGACUCGAGUGUAUCCUACAAAUAGACACACCACGAUUAGAAAAUAGAAUAUGAAUUCUUUCGUUUUUUUUUUUUUAAUAUUUGUUUUAAAAAAGCUAGUGCAAGUACAAUAUUUUACACUGGAAUUACAGAGAGUAUGCACGCAUAUGGAAAAAAGUUCUCCUGUCACAAUAAAAGCUCUUAACUAUGUAUGCACUUAAAAUUUUCUUUUCAAUAAGGUGCAAAACAUCAUUCCUUCUCUCGUUCUCCUCUGUACUGGCCA